UCUCCCUCUCUCUCUUGGCAGUGGUUCUCCCCGGCAGCAGUCAGCAUCUCUCCAGCAGCGGACUCAAGGACUUGUGCGUCCACCUCGACGCGCAACAGAAGGCUCUCUCUCACGAAACCGGAGUCGGACCAUACAGCGCACAGGACAACUUUCACUCACAUUAUUGCGCAUGGCUCUGGCUUUGAGCAAACGCGCGACUGUGACAUCGUCUUGGAAGAAACAGAUGGAAUUCUAAGAAAAUAAACACAGCAACAACAAGCUGAAAAGACGAUUUAAGGAUUUUUAUAAAGAGAUUAAUCUCCUUCUGCCAAUAAUGAUUUCCGCACGUGCCUUGUAAUCAUACAGCUGUCCGUGUAGGUCCGACGCCUUAUCUGAAAUUCUCGUUUCAAAUAGAGAUGGAUCUGUGGGGAGUUUAUCUGUUUCAUCUCAUAACUUUGGCUCUGUUAGAGGUUAUACUGGGCGGCAGAGACUGCUUGGUGGCUGGAGACUCGUGUUCGAGCGAUGAGACUUGUAGUCCACGUCUGCGGACUUUGCGUCAGUGUGUAGCGGGCAACGGCAGUGUGAAGCUGGGCCCCGGUGCCCGGAGCCAGUGUGCCAAUGCAGUGUCUGCCUUGCUGUCCAGCCCCUUACAUGGCUGCCAGUGUAAACGGGGAAUGAAGAAGGAGAAGAACUGCCUCAGUAUCUACUGGAGCCUUCAUCAGUCCAUCAUACAUGGACUCAAUCUGGUGGAGCGAUAUCCCUAUGAGACAGUGAGUAGGGAUUACGACUAUGUCCGCUUGGCAUCUAUUACAGCUGACUCAGAUGUUGGCAUGACAACUGUGAAUCGCUGCCUGGAUGCGGCCAAGGCUUGCAAUGUGGACGACUUGUGCCAGAAGCUCCGCACAGAAUAUGUCUCAGCUUGUAUCAAACCCACUGCCAAGUCGGGCCUGUGCAACCGGCCUAAAUGCAAUAAGGCUCUGCGCAGGUUCUUUGACCGUGUCCCUGCCGAAUACACACAUGAACUGCUCUUCUGCCCCUGUACGGACACGGCAUGCGCAGAGCGUCGAAGGCAGACUAUUGUACCCAGUUGCUCUUAUGAAAGCGGGGAAAAACCAAACUGCAUUUCACAGAUGAGGAUCUGCAACGCUGAUUAUGUGUGCAGGUCUCGCUUGGCACAGUUCCAGUACAAUUGUGAACCCUCUGAAACUUCUACUAAUGGCUGCAAGCAAGGGAACCACGGAGCCUGCCUUCUUGCCUACACAGGGCUCAUAGGAAGCACAAUAACUCCAAACUAUGUUGACAACUCCACGUCCAGUGUGGCUCCAUGGUGCUCCUGCUCAGCCAGCGGGAGCCGGAGAAAAGACUGUGAUAAUUUCCUGGGAUACUUCACCAACAACAUCUGUCUCCGGAAUGCUCUUAUGACGUUUGGAAGUGAGUCGGACCAGCAGGCAACUGUCAGCCAGUCCAGUACAGCCAGUACUGACCAAAGCAGCAGGGAAAACAGGAGCACUGCUUCUCCACCAGCAACCAUGGAAACUAUGAGGAACAUUCUGGAUACAAUAAUACCAACACAGGACCUGGGAAAUGAACUACUAGUGGGCCAGUCCACCCUGCCAUCCAACAGCCUCCCAAUCUCUGCUUCACCUCCUAGCUUAAUGCUUCAAGCUGCCUUUAGCCUUCUGUUGUUGCUCCUUCAUCUGCGCAACAAUGGACACUAAAGACCGCAGGGGAGCGUGCAAGGGACCCUCCUAGUACCAAGCAGAUGGGAGGACCAGUGCAGUUGAGAGGAAAAUGGAUUGUGUGGCGUUACGCCUCCCUCUAAAUAUGUACAGUGAUUUUGUUUUUCUAUUUUUUUGUCUAAGUGGUCCAGUUCCACCGCCAGUGUCAGACUGUGGGAGACCUCUGCAGACCAAAGCCAGUCUGUACAUUUGUAUAUUGUCGUUGCGAUCAAAUCAAGCAGAAAUGAAGUACCGCUUUUGUGGAAUAACGCAGCUCUCAGCUAAUCAACUGUAUCCAUUUUCAAGACUCAUUAUGAAAAUAUUCUGCAGAUAUGUAUGAUACAAAGACUACACGUUUGUCACUACAUGUGAAGAUUUGUAUUAACAGAAGCUAUUAUUUCUUAUUGUCAGGGGAAAUUGUUGGGAGUAAACCAGUGAACUUUGUGUCUUCUCUGUUCUUAGUACACAAAAGGAUUGGAAAGUUGCUGAAGUAUAUGGGGCUUUAAUACCACUCCAUUCAAGUUGAGUGAAAGAGAAUGAUUACUGAUCAAUACUGGAAUAGUGAAGAUACAGAGAGACAAUAGAGUUCCAUUAAGCUCCAACAUCAAGGACAAAUACCAUGUUUUUCCUAACAUGUAUAGCAACACUAUCUGGAAAACAUGCAGCAAACCACAAGACAAUAAAAUAAUCCUUGAUAUAAGAAAUCAUCCUCUCCAUUAAAACUGACCUUUGUCAAACUAUGUCACACCACUUUACCUGUGUUUGCUAAAGCUGCAGUAGCUAUUCCUAGAAACAGUCCUAGGUCUCUAUUGGCAAAAACAAGCUUCUGGACUCAAAAGGAAAUAAUCAGAAAAGCAGUAACGUUUUACUUGUGGCUGCUGUACUAUGUGUUUGUAAGCGUAAUACCCCUUUAUUUCUCAUUGUGUCUGUGAACAGUGCUAUAUGGGGUCUGAGUCCCACAGAGGGAACUGAAUGGUUUGUCUCACUGAGCGCCGCCAAAUACAGUACAUAGCCUUUUUGAGAUUAGACAGUUAUGAAUGAUUCAGUAUGUUCUGUUCUGGGAACAUGCCAGUCAAUUCUGAACAGGACCAGAGGUGCAGCAAAUAAAAAAAGUUAUCAGAUCAA